AUGGAUUGGAACAAGUACAACGUAAUCGAAUGGUUGUUGUCUAAAAAUUAUGUCAUUGAUAGACCGAUGGUCAUGUGUGAAUUAAUGGAAAUGGUAAAUAAAAUCAGACCUCUUUAUGAUAAAUAUUUAAUAGACGAAGAAGCGUUAAAAACCAAAAAAGUGGUAUUGCGUAUACCUCCUUAUCACAGUGAGCUGAAUCCUUUUGAGUUGGCGUGGUUGGUGGUAAAAAAUCACGUAAAAAAAAAUAAGCUGACUGAUAUACAGAAGCUGCUUAUCGAUGGAGUCCAGCGCGUAACACCCGACAUGUGGGCCGAUUUCGUCAGCCAAACAAUCAAGGAGGAAGAUAAAUUGUACAAUAUCGAUUUUAUUUCUGACGAACUAUUAGAUGCAGAAUUGGAAGUGAUGCAAUCAACAAGAGACACUUCAGUCUUUUCUGAUUAA